GUGAGCCAUCUAUGAAUGAUGCUGGAACCCAAACUAAUGACACGGAAAGCAGCCAAGACGUUCCUGGAGAGUCUCCAGGAUCCGAAAGCGGCAGUCAAACAAAACCAGUCGAAAGUGGCCCUGACAAAAUAUUGACGAACCAUAGUAGCCCAGAACCAGAAUCUGGGGAAAAAACUUCUUCUGGAAGUGAUGAUGAAAAAAUGGAUCCAACCGAUAAGGACAAAAACAGUUCUUCUACGUCAGACGCAGAAGCUAUGAAAAAUGUUACCACUGAAAGUAAUGCUUCAAACCCUGAAAACUCCACAAAGUCUAGUGACAAAAACUCAACUGAUAAUUACAGCAGCACCAUAUCUGAAGAGUACAUUGCUUCAGAGUCGGAGAACACCGCUGUCCCGAAUAAUGGCAGCGGACAAGAAGAUUAUGUCACUGGCGAAGAAGGAAUAAUCCGAACAACACUUAAGCCCAACAACGAAACUGGAGGAGCUAAGUACCCUGUCCCAUGGUGGGUCAACGAAGAUGAAAAGUAUGACAAUUCAAACGGCAUCAGAGCAAGUCUGGAGCUGACUGUGGCCAUAGCCAUCGCUGCAGUUUAUCACAGCAGCAGAAUUAUGCCCAUAAUCGGAUGAUUUGCAGCACAGAUGUCCCGAAAGACAAGAUAGAAGAUUAAACUCUGGAAGUGGAAGUUUUUACUUAUCUUAAAAUAGAAAAUCUUUCUUUGCAAUUCCUAAAUGAAUUGAACAAGAAAUAGAAUUCGUCAAAAAAAUUAAAUAAAUUUCGAGCAUAACGUGGAAAGCAUAAUGAAAUGUGGAACAGAACAAAUGUUGAUUUUAUUUCUAAAUAAUGGAUCAAAUUUCUUUGUAAUAUUACUUAUGAUUUUAAAUGUUAGAUUGAAUUAAUUUGUUAAAUUUGACAUGAGUUCAUCAUACUAUUUGUGUUGUCUUAAUCCAUCAUGUGGACGAGAAUUGAGUUUUUUCUUGCGUA